AUGACUAUCCUCGAUUCACCCACCAUCGAUUGCGUUCAACAACGCAUGAAACGGAACCUCGAAGAUUUCAUCUACAGUGCCUUAUCCUCCUCCGAAUUAGUCUCCGUCAGGAUGAGGUUAGACGAUCCUAACCCCGACUCUCCUUCUUCCACUGCAACCCUAAAUUCCUUACCUGAUGUGAAUCACGAAGUAAGAGCGCGUAUAAAUGAAAAGCAGUUGACGUCUGAACUGAAAUGA